UCCGAUGGAAAAAAAGAGAAAGUUCCCAAGAUGGCGGCGUGGAGUUGCUGGUCCGCUGGAAAACAAUAGAAGCGGCGCUGAAGCAGCGAGUUAGCCGCGUUUCCACUCACCGCGCAGCCUCGUCCUCACCGCCCGCACACGGCCAGACUCUGGCCCGGACACGAGGAGGCUUAUCCGCGCCGGCGACCCGGGAGAAACACAGUUAAAACAUGGUGCUUUAUUCAAAUGUUUCACGCUAGCCACCCCGCUAGCCGAGAACGCUAGCCAUAACAUAGCGUUAGCAGCAGCUAGCGGCUAACGGCUAACGGAGGCGGAGGAUCAUCAGCUGUUCGACAGAUGCUUUAAGGAGAGCGGAGAGCAGCUACAGCUUCACGUGAGUGCCGCUGUGACUGAAGGCCAUUAGCAAGACAAAGGUGGCCUCCAUGGAGCCAGCACUGGAGUCUUUGUAAAGGGCGAGGGGGGUGUAUAGACGCCCGCGCAGUGAAAAAGAGCCAGAUUCAGCAUUUUAUGGACGAAACCUGAGCCGGGGAGUUUUACUGCAAGUCUGUAUUGAUGAUGGCGGAUUUUGUUACACCGCGACACAGCGCGGUGAUGGAGAGGCUCCGCCGCAGGAUCGAGCUCUUCCGGCAGCACCACAACAGCUGCGAGAGUCGCUACGAGACGGCCACGCUGGAGCGCCUGGAGCUGGAGAGGCAGCAGACCUUCGCCCUGCAUCAGCGCUGCCUGCAGGCCAAGGCCAAGCGCUCCAACAAGCACCGGCAGUCCCAGUCCAGCGGCGGCGACCAGGCCGCGCAGAGAGCGCCGGGCGGCGCCGGGGGAGGGGGAGGAGGAGGCGGCGGCGGCGCAGAGAUGGUGGACGGCGGUGGGACGGGGGCGGAGCAGAGUCGGAACAGCACGCUGAUCGCGCUGCAGGAGACGGUGAAGAGGAAGCUGGAGAGCGCCGGGUCUCCGCUGGGCAGAGACCAGGUCAACGGCUUCACCGACGCGUUCCCCCCCAACAAGAAGGCGUGUCUGGACAACGGCACCGCCCACGGCUCCCCGCUGGACUCCAAGCUGGGUAUCACCGACGCGCUCGGCUCUAAUGGGACUCACGGGCUCAAGGCCGAGUCCACGGACGGAGGCGGCGAGGUGCCGGGUCUGGACUUCCAUCGGAAGGAGAUGAAGCAGGAGCCGGACGACAUCCUGCCCAUCGCGCCGCCGUCGGGAGGCGGGAACAACAACCUGUUCCCUGACUUCAACCUGAACGAGCAGGAGUGGACGGAGCUGAUGGAGGAGCUGAACUGCACCGUGGCCUACGAGGACAUCCAGGACAUCCUCAACGACGGCUUCGAGGACCGCAAAGACCCGCUGGAGCUGGCGCCCACGCCGGGCGGCGGUGGGGGGUCAGUGGGAGGAGGAGGGUCCUCUCAGGGUCUACUUCCUCCCGACCUGUCCACGGUGAAGACGGAGUUCUCCCCGGCCUCGGUUGCUUUCGAGCAGGACUCUCGCACCGGGUCCCCCCACGUCAGGUCCACCUCGUCUGGACCGCCGCCUGCUCCUCACCCCAACAACUCCCCCGUCACCGCCUCCUCCGCCUCCUCUCCGGCUCUCCCACCAUCACAGCCGGCUCCUCCCCCACGGCAGCUUCAGCCUCCGCCCAACCACCACCUCCCUCCGGGGCCUCCGGGGCCCAAAGACCUGUCCCCGGCGCAGCAGCUGCAGCAGCUGGCGGCGCAGCAGCAGAGGGCGCAGCACCGCCACGGACAGAUGCAGCACAAACCGCCACAGCCGGGGGCCAAGUUCCACACGCAGGGGCCACACUCCCAUGCCCCGCCCUGGCCCCAGAUGGCCAACACCUCCCAGAGCCCACUAGGGGGCGCGUUUGGUCUGGACAAGCCCACGAGCCCCUCCUUGUACCCGCAGGACUUUAACCCCGGCGCUCAGAAGCAGCAGCAACUGCUGAUGCCGGCUCCGCCCAACAAAGGCUCACCAAAGGCGGCGCCCGGAGCCUACCUGCCGCCGCCCGGCGCACACGCCAACAUGAUGGGACACGCCCCUUCAGGACCACCCCUCAACCACCCGCCAACCCCCGGGGCCCAGGCUCCGCCCAACACACUGAACUACAACAACACCAAACCCCUGUCGCACUUUGAGGCGGGGCCAGGGCCGCCAAGGCCGCUGCCCAACACGCAGAGUCAGAACAAGGCGGCGUUGCUGACGUUGCUGAGACAACAACAACAAAUCAAACAACAGAAGAACAACAACAACAACAUGAACUUCAGACAACACAUGACGCACACACAGGAGCAGAACAACUACCCGGCUCCUCCACACGGCCCGGGCGCCGCCAACACCAUGACGUCCGCGCCCGGAAACAACGGCAUGGUGGCCCCGCCGGGGGCCAGCGCCAUGACGGGUAACCACGGCAACGCGGCGUACCUGAGCAACCAGGCGGCGGUGGCAGCGGCGGUGCUGAAGCAGCAGCAGCAGCAGCAGCAGCAGCAGCAGCAGCAGCAGUACCUGCAGAGGCAGCAGCUCAUGGCUGAACAGGAGAAGCAGCAGCAUCAGAGACGUCUGACCCGUCCUCCACCACAGUACCAGGACCAGCCGGGACAACCGGCCAAUCAGAACCCGUUCCCGCAGCAGCCAGUCAACCAGUUUACAGCAUCCUCUCAGCCAAUGGGCAGCCUCGGCUCCAUGGGAGGCCCCGCCCCUGGCUCCCAGCGUAUGUUCCCUCAGAACCAAGGCAUGAUGGGUAUGAACAUGGGUCAGGGCGGUGGGCCGGCAGGUGGCGUAGCUCCUCCCCCAGGGGCGAGUCAGCCCGACAUAAACCUGUCGUCGUGUGGUGGUGGAGGGGGCAGCGGAGGCGUGGACGUCCAGCAGGUUCUUUAUAACAACAUGAACCUUCACGCUAACCAUGCGGCGCCGCAGCAGCAGCCGGGUCUGCAGCGCCAGCCUCUGGGCGCCAUGAGCGCCUCCUACAGGCAGAACCUGCUGGCUCAGCAGCAGCAGCAGCAGCAGCACCUGAAGACGCAGCCGAACGCCGCUAUGCUCAAACAGCAGCAGCUCGCCGCUGCCGCUCGCAUGCCGGGAUCCAUGCAGAACAGCAUGGCCGCCAACAUGCCCGGUGCUCAGAGCGCCGCCUGGCAGCAGCAGCUCGCCAACCAGCCGCCGUCCAGUAACGCCGGCCUCCCGCCAAACGCCUUCGCUAACACGCCCAACGCCUUCCACAUGCAGCAGCCGCGCAUUCCCAAGAUGCCGCAGGGCGGCGCACCCUUCGUCUCUAAUCCUGUAGGUCGUCCGAUGGUGGGCCUGAACCCCGGGCAGCAGAUGAUGCAGACCAACAUGGUGGCCGCCCAGCAGAGGGUGCCACCCAACCCGCAGAGCCUGGGGCAACCGAUGACCAAUCAGCAGGCUCAGCAGCAACAGGCCAACCAGAACCAGACCAUCCUGCUGGCCUCGUUCGGUCAGCCGCAGGGCAGCGGUCGCCAGGGACUGCAGUGUAACCAAGGUUACCAGGUGAGCAGGACGGCCGGUCAGCAGCAGCAGCAGGUGUCCUUCGGUUACAACAUGGCGUCCGGGAGCUUCGCCGCCGAGAGCGAGCUGGUGGACUCGCUGCUGAAGGGUCAGAGCACGCAGGAGUGGAUGGCCGACCUCGACGAGCUGCUCGCCAACCACCAUUAGUCUGACACGCCCCCUCUGCACCUGGAGCACCUGAACACUGCUGAGCUCAGAGGCGGAGCCGCCGCCUUCCUUCGCCAUGAAGAGACCGCUUCUGUGUUAGCAUUAGUCACCCUGCUAACGGGACAGGAGCAGCAGUCCAGCGGCGGUGUACGCUAGCGCGCAGGUGUCGGCUCACGGCCCCGAGCGUCUCAUAAACUCACGGUGGUCGUUUUCAAACUCCCUGAUUGGCUGAGAUGACGUCACACUCUCAACGAGUCAGCGAGAAAAAACAAGAACAAAACACGACAACCGCCACACGAGAGAAGACGAGGCGUUCAACGCCAAGGUCGCACAGUUCUGCCGCCGCCGCCUGAGACGCUAAAGUCCGGGGAAAAAAGUCAUGGUCAUAAAUGAAACCUGUGACGAGCAGAAAACACCAGCCUCCGUUUAAAAAACGUUACACUAAUUUAACGUCGCAACACCACACGCGCACAUUCUGCUGACUCAUCAUGGCCGACCGCUAAAGAAGAAACAAAGUAAAGAAUGUUUCUUCUUCAGUUUCAGUAAAAACACUGACAUGGUCUGUUAUCAAGGAGGUCACGGUUACACAAAGAGACAGGAAGUACUGACAGACCACAGACAGGAAGUACUGACAGACCACAGACAGGAAGUACUGACAGGACAGGAAGUACUCAGACGCGACUGACUUUUGUUGUUAAGUUGCAGGUUUUCAGAGAGUCGCGAUCAUUUCCUCUUGU